CUCUGAAGUGAUACCUGACAGCUGGGCAACAAGAGAGGAAGCUGGAGUGAUGGGCGGUCAGGUGUCUUCACCCAGGGUCAAGGAACACGAAGCACAGCCGCUCACCCCACGGAUUGUUGACUCAAGUCACGUGUCAAGGACAAGGUCGUGUAUGGUCAGCAUCCUCAGCGAGAACCUCCGGGUGCAGAGUGACCUGACCCUCUCCCUCCACCAGCUGGCUGAGUUAGGCAACACAGAGGCGCUAGAGUACAAACUUCAGAACGGCGAGGACGUAAACCAGCUGGACGGGAACCAGCUGGCGCCCCUGCAUUACGCCGCCCACUACAACCACCUGCCCGUCGCCAGCCUCCUUCUGCAACACAACGCCGAGGUCAACGUCUGCGGCCAAGACAACCGUACGCCUCUCCACUAUGCUGCCAGAUGUCGGACCAAGCUACAAAAUGCCACCUCUGGGACCCAAUUGGUGGUAGUUGAGGCUCCUCCGGAUGUUGCGAAGGGUGUGAUGAAGGGCGAAGGUGAGGGUGACUCCAUGGUGGUCCUCUUACACAACAAUCACGCCAUAGUCAACGCUCAGGACAAGUACGGUCAGACGCCCUUGCACUUCGCUGCAAUGACAGGGAACAUCGCCGCUGCCACUGAGCUGGUCGAGUACUGCAACGCUGAUGUGGAGGUCGAAGACAACCAGCAGACGACCCCACUGAUCAUGGCUGCUACACAGGGCUACGUGGAUAUUGCCAGACUCUUAUUGGAGAGUGCCAGUGCCAACCUGAGGCAGGCAGACUCCUCUAGACAGACGGCCCUCCACAGAGCUGUCAAAAGCGGCCACUUGAGGAUGGUCAACUUGUUACUACAUAAGGGCAGGGACAUGAAGAAUUACAUGAGCUUCCUGAACGCCAGAGACACCAAGAGAAAGACAGCUCUGUAUCACGCCUGUAGCAAUGGUCACGUGCUGGUAGCGGCUGUGUUGCUCGAGGAACAAGCUGACGCAGAAGCAGAGACAGUCACGUUAGCCACGUCCCUCCACGCCGCUGCUAGUGUGGGCAAUGUGGACAUCAUCGGUGUUCUUCUAGAGCGCAAGGUUCAGUUGGACGAGCCUGAUCUGUACCAGCGGACGCCUCUCAUGUACGCAGCUGCUGGUAACAACAACAAAGCCAUUCAACUCCUGGCCCAGCGAGGCGCUAAUCUGGAACACAAAGAUCUGAACCAGUCAACUGCGUUGUUGUUGGCAGCCCACGGUGGUCAUGCAGCAGCUGUACAAAUGCUGUUGGAACUAGGAGCAGAUGUGCAGGCAACGGACAAGUUGAAUAAGACAGCUGUGUACAUCAGUGCCGAACAAGGCAAGGUGGAGACGGUAAAGGUGUUACUCGAGGUGGAGGAGAGCAAGAAGCUGCUGGAUGUUGUGGACUAUAACGGUAGCCCUCCCGUCCACAUAGCAGUAGCAGCAGGUAAUAUGGCGGUGGUGGAGCUGCUACUGAAGGCCGGAGCGUCCAUACACCUGAAGAACGAGGAGCAAGACACCGUCCUACACCUGGCCGCAAGGAGAGGCUACACCAUGAUGGUGAUGGAACUGAUACCUCACUGCCACAAGCUGAUGAACUCCGAGAACGAGGACCUGGACACACCCCUUCACCUGGCGUGUAGAGGAGGCCACGAAGGCGUGAUCAAGGUGCUUCUCGAGGUUGGAGCGGACCUGAGCACCACCAAUUCGUCCUCCUCGACACCCCUCCACCUGGCCGCUGCUCAAGGUUACACUAAAUGCUGUCUUCUCCUCCUCGAUUCAGACGCACCAAAGGAUCUUCACAAUAAGGACCAUAAGACGCCCCUAAUGGAGGCAGUAGUAGCGGGUCACGUAGGAGUUACCAGGUUACUCCUAGAACGGGGCGCCUCCCUCGCCGCUCAGGACAAUGCCAACAGAAACUCCUUACAACUGGCUAUACUCGCGGGGCAGAGAGACACGGCCACGGCCAUCAUUCAGUCGGCCAUGUGGGAGACGGCCCUAAGGCACGUCUCUCAGGACCUCCACGGCCGCCGCCUCACCCCUUUCAGGAUGUUGAUCGAGAGACUGCCUGGGGUCGCAGAAGUAGUGCUCCACAGAUGCAUCAAAAAGAUCAACAGAAUGACCACUAACGACAACAACGACGACAUUCAAGACCGGGUAAUGAACUUUGAAUACCUGGAUGAUACGUACCAAGUAAGGGCGGGAGGAAGCCAGUUUGACCAGGUAGGGAGACUCAAGCCACGAGCCUCUCCCUACACCAAGCACGCCAGAGUCCUCAAACACAACCAUCCUCUCAUGUUGAUGGUGCAGUACAGACAGUCAUCACUCCUGGCUCACCCCGUCUGUGUUAACUUGAUCAAACACAAGUGGGUUAGUUACGGCAGGUUUGUGUACUACGGGAAUCUUGGCCUCUAUCUGGUGUUCCUUCUCUCCUUCACCGCCUACGUCCUUGCCGUCAGAGAACUCAACUGGGUAGGUGUGAACGUGACGAGAGCAGGAGAGGAUGAGGUGCGGGAUGCUGUACACUGUGAGGAGGUAGAUUGGGAUGAGUGGCACGGCACCUCCUUCCUGUGGGUGACCAAAUGGCUGGUGUUAGUCAUGGCUGCUCUCCAGAUGCUUAAGGAGUUCGCUCAGCUCUGUCAGGCAUGUGUGGGUUACUUCAACUCGGAGAACCUCGUCGAGUUGGUCUGCUACGUGUGCGCUGUGCUCUUCGUCAUCAACUUCAACGGGUGUUCUAUCAAGGAGGAGUGGCAGUGGCAGACGGGGGCUAUGGCGAUCUUCCUGGCGUGGAUGAACUUGCUCCUCUUCAUCCGCGUCUUCCCCUUCUUCGGCAUCUACGUUAUCAUGUUUACGGAGAUCCUCAGCACCUUCAGCAGUUUCUUCCUUGUUUUCUUUUUCUUCAUCAUCGCCUUUGCUCUCAGCUUCUAUACGGUGUUAGGGGAGCAGUACCCCUUCAGGACGCCCGCCCACUCCCUACUGAGGACAGCUGUUAUGAUGAUUGGCGAGAUUGACUACCAAGAUGUCUUCAGCAACCCCGAGAACCCGAUCGAGUACCCGGAAGUGACGUAUAUCCUGGUUAUGGCGUUUAUGGUGUUUAUGUCCAUCCUCAUCAUGAACUUGUUGGUGGGUCUGGCUGUGCAUGACAUAAAGUCCGUCCAGGAACAGGCCAUGUUGCAGAAGUUGGCCAUGCAGACUAAGCUGGUGGUGGAGAUAGAGAUGGUGAUCCCAGAGUAUAUUCGACGACGGUACGUGGUGAAGAACCUGAAGGUGGUGGAGGAGAACAAGACCAACAUCCUCAGGUGGCUCUUUGCCAAGUUCAGCUUUUACCAGGAGAAGGAGUUAAGUGACGUAGACAACCUGCGUCAAGAAGUCCUACAACUCAAGUCUUCAGUGGACGACCUCCUGGACAUCAAAGCCUCCCUUCAUGACCUGGGGGAAGUGAAGGACUCCCUACGUAUCUUGUCGGAUCUCAGGUCAUCCAAGACUGACCUAGUUCAGCUCAAGAACCUCGUGAAAGAGAUACACAAGAAGCUGGGGUCGUGAACUCUUCCUGAAGGAGUUCUUAUAAUAUAUCGAGAUGGUUCAUUGUCGCGGGUUAGGUUAGAGUCGAGGUAUCGUUCUAUAUCCAGUGUUAUAUUAGCUAUCGUAUAGACCUUAAUGUUAUAUUAGGCCACGGUAUAGUCCUGUUAUUGUGUAAGGUAGGGUAUAGGCCUAGUGUUGUGUAAGGUAGGGUAUAGGCCUAUUGUUGUGUCAGGUAGGGUAUAGGCCUAUUGUUGUAUUAGGCUAUUGUAUAGGUCUAUUAUUGUGUAAGGUAAGGUAUAGGCCUAUUAUUGUGUAAGGUAGGAUAUAGGCUUAUUAUUGUAGUAGGCUAUUGUAUAGGCCUAUGAUCUGGUCGAUUAUACAGUAUAUAUUAAGUCAAUACAAGAGUAUCGACCACCCUGUCGUGUGUAACAAUAUGGUGCGAACGCUGUAAACAUAUCCGUGUGGUUACCGGCGUCAGUUGGUUAAUAUCGCUCAGUUUCUGCUUCACGAACCCCGAAAUAUCAAACAGGUGAAUCCGAAGCGUUGAUGGACUAUCGUGGACAAAAGUUCGCUCCCUGUGGUGGAACUGAGUCACAGGAAUGAGUCUCCGAACUGACUGUGUGCGGGUGUGCUGUUUUGUCUCAUUUGGGGUCGAUACUGCUUCAGUUUUGGAGGGAGCGAACUGUUGUCAACGAUAGGACAUAAUAAGGCAUCAGUCUCUAAUAUUUCGGGUACACGGGUCCGAAUCUCAGGGUUCGUGGAGCAGCACAAAAGGCGACGGUACUUGUGUUUGUGACUGUACAGUACAUACUGUAUUUACACCCUUUAUAUACAAGCUUUUAGGCUGAUUAAGAAACAGACUCAGGCUCAGGCUGUCAGUUGACUCACCCAUGUCAAUAUUGUUAUUAUUAUUCACCAUAUCUGUAUUUUUAUGGCUAAAUAUACUGUUUUAAUAUCAA